UGAAAUCACACAUUCAAUACUGAAUGUAUUCUGCUGUAAUGUCACGAUAGAAAACCACUUAGCAACUUUCAGCACCACAUCAUAUUGACCAGAAGCAAGGUAAUUAUUGGUUUUGUUUUAUUGUUAUUGACAAGAGUGUAUGUACUAUGUAAUAAAAGGUGCCAGAGGAGGGCAGUACAGGAGCUGUAUGAAUAGUUAGUUAGAAUUAUCAGACAGUAUUUAUUUUGUGAGGUCCUUUCACAAUUGGUAAAACGUACUUUUUUUGUUGCAGUUUUCAUCCUUAUAAAGUGGUUGUUGCUCUAUCACUGUUAAACUAUAAAGGUUGAUGAUUUGAUUAUGGUAUGAGUGGUGUGUGUGUCUGCUGUUGGAUCACGGAUGGUUUCUUUGUUUUUAAAACUGUUUGCUUCUAACGAGAUAAGUAUUCGUAUCGUUGAUUGAUUGCAGUCUCCAGAAAUACAUUCAUUGUCUUGUCAGGUGAUUUGAUACUCUAAAAUGGUCUAGUAGCUUGUAGGCCUACAGUACUCUCUCACCAGCUACUUACAGUACGUGGGGUGAUGCCGGGUGUAGUAUUUUGCUGACGUCAUGAACCAAGCUGUCUGUAAUUCUUUGUUUGUAAUGUGGAAGUUUUGGAGUAGACGACCAGCCUACUUCACCAGUCAUCAAGAGUAACUACGGUCGAACCAUUGUCUGCGUCUUUUCUAGUCCGAGAACUGAACUGGUGAAGUAUCAAGAGAAUAUAAUAGAUUCGUAAUAAAUGUCGCCUGGAGGGGACACGCAUUUAGGAAUCGCUUUAGUUAUUUACAACUUCGGAUAGGCUUCUUGUUGCUGUUUAUAGUGUAAACUAAACUAAUUUUUCUCCUGUUGUAUCGUUAACCUUUUGAAUCCAGUUUUGAAACAACCCAGGAAUAAAGAACUGUAAAGAACCGACUCGUAAGACCGAAUGACUACUGUAAAUUGUAGCGGCAAUGAGGAACUGGACUUCAGACUUAUUUUCGGAGAGGACGCGCAACAGCUAGGCCCCGCAGGUCCAGACCCUGGUGACAGCACGCCAUACUAUACCACCCAGUCUAUGGUCAAUCAGCCUAUUGGCCAGGCCCAAGACUUACAACAGAGCCAGCAGCACCACCAGGCUGCUUCUCAACAAGCGCCUCUCCAAACCUAUGGUAACUACCACCCCAGCUCCAGCUAUGAAGUUCACAGUUCCAGAUACUGUCCCAUGGGACACCUCCCCAAGGCGUUCGACUGCCCAAGCAUCCAGAUCACAUCUAUCAGUCACAGUCACCAAGAGCUGGGCUCCAGCCAGGAUGCCGUGCCCAUCAGCGGGGCAGACGGCGGGGGUGAGUGCGGUCGUGAACGGUCCUGGUCCAGGGAUCACCUCUACCUAUCCCUGGACCCCUGUUACAGGGACUCAUCGUCCCUGAACCCCAGCCCUUGCAGCAGCCUGUCCUCCAGGAGCUGGCUGUCCGACGUGUCCUCCUGCGAGUCCUUCUCACACGUUUACGACGACGUGGAGGCUGAGCUGAACGAGGCCGCCGCCCGAUUCACCAUGGGUUCCCCGCUGGCCUCUCCCCUGGCCUCCCCUGGCUGCUCCCCACAAGGCCAGGCCGCGGGGGGAUUCGGGGUAGAGCUGUGGCAGCAGCAGUACUUCAUGAACACGCACUCCCUCUCGCCCCACCAGUCCCCUCGCCAGUCGCCCCGUCAGUCCCCCUGUCACUCUCCGCGCAACAGCGUCACAGACGAGAACUGGCUUAACCCGCGCCCCACCUCCAGGUCCGGCUCAAGGCCCACAUCACCUUGUGGGAAGAGACGACACUCCAGCGCAGACGUCUACGGACAGGGACCUUCCCCCUCCCCAUCCCCUCAUCAGUCCCCCUGCCCCACCCCCAGCCACUCUCCCAGGGGCAGCGUAACAGAGGACACAUGGGCGGUUGGAAGCCCUGGUGCCAUGGGGGCCCUCCUGUACAACCUCCCUGAGGUAGAUGUUCCCUCCAAAACCAGGAGGACCUCUCAGCAGGCUCACAUGGGUCUACUGCAUGGACAGGGAGACUCAGGGCUGGUGCCCGAAGACCAAGGAGUCGUGUUGCCUCACCUGGACUCACCUGCGGAUGAGUCUGGGUCUACUCUAAAACAGGAUGGCCUUUUUGAAGAACUCUUUCUCUCAGUUCCCUCACACUUCACCUGGAACAAACCCAAACCUGGCAACAUACCCCUUUUCAGGACCUCCUCCCUACCCCCACUGGACUGGCCCCUGCCCAGCCAGUUUGGCCAGUGCGAGUUGAAGGUGGAUGUGCAGCCACGGGGCCACCACAGGGCCCACUACGAGACAGAGGGGAGUCGGGGGGCCGUCAAGGCUGCCUCAGGAGGACACCCUGUAGUCAAGCUCAUUGGAUACAACGAGAAGCCAGUCAACCUGCAGAUUUUCAUUGGAACGGCAGACGAUCGGUACUUGAGACCACAUGUUUUCUACCAGGUGCACAGAGUAACGGGAAAGACGGUGGCUACUGCUUGCCAGGAAAGCGUAAUAAGCAGUACAAAGGUUCUGGAAAUCUCUCUCCUCCCCGAAAACAAAAUGUCCACCAGUAUUGACUGUGCAGGCAUCCUGAAGCUGAGGAACUCUGACAUUGAGCUCAGGAAGGGGGAGACUGACAUCGGGAGGAAGAACACGCGUGUGCGAGUGGCAUUCCGUGUGAAUAUCCCUCAGCCCAGCGGCAAGGUCCUGUGUCUGCAAGCUGCCUCUAUUCCUGUGGAGUGCUCCCAGCGCUCGGCCACAGACCUUCCCCAGAUGCAGAGCUGCAGUCCCCUCAGCUGCUUGGUCAGUGGGGGUGGGGAGAUGGUAAUUACUGGCUCCAACAUAUCCCCCGAGUCAAAGGUCAUCUUCCUGGAGAAAGGCACUGAUGGACGCACACAGUGGGAAGUUGACGGAAAAGUUAUUCGAGACAAGAGUAAAAGAUCCAGAAUCGUGGUUGAGAUUCCUACCUACCACAACACCACUGUGAGCUCUGCAGUCCAGGUGCAGUUCUACGUGUGCAACGGGAAGAGGAGAAGAAGCCAAAGGCAAAACUUCACAUACUUGGCUGGUGCUUCUCCACACCAUUAUCCCACUGCCAGUGACCAUGCAGUUGUGGCUCCUCGGGUGAAGCAGGAGCUCACUGACUCAACCUAUCUGUCUACUUGCAACAAUCUCCCUGGCCUAUAUCCAACAAGCAGCAAGCAGAAUUCUUCUGACGGGGCCUUCUCUCAGGACAGGCCCUUGUAUGGUUCCUCUGGUGGUCACCCUGUGCCUUGUGGUCCGCCCUCCCAGCCAGCAUACACUCCCUCAGGCUCCUCGCCUCUUCAGCACUCCCCUCACCUCCACAGCUACAGUCCCAGUAUGGGAUACCAGCGGAUAAGCCCUAUGCAUACACCUGAUUCAAUGCUACCCCCUCGGACAAAGCCUGUCUACCAGGCCACACAACAUAAUGUGCCUUAUAGUGGCCAGGCCAGCUCUCCCAUGAGACCUGGUCCUGCCGCAUUCCAGGUCAUUCGACCUCAAUCUGCCCAGCCCAGGCCAGCUGUCUCCAGCCCUCAUAGGGAAAGUGUGAUGUACCAGAGCCUCAUUGGACCUGAUCUCUCUGUUGCCUCUCUCCAGUCUGCCAGAACCCACACCCAGAAUGCAACCCAGCUGCAGUCUCUAAAAUACCACUUUUCCCACUCAGACUCUGACCUAGCGGCUCUACAGGCUGAGUUUAAUCUGAGCUACCAUUCUGACAAAAACUUGCCUGCUUCGUAUUCUCCCACUCCUGGAGUAGCAGCAACCUGCUCCACCUCCCCGUUAGCAUCAGCCUCCUCUGGGGGUCCCCUGAGGCACCUGUCCCCCAGCAGCGCUCAGGGGCUGGCCUCUGGUAUCGACCCCCAGGAGUGUCCCCCGGCACCCCACUCCCUCUUCUCAAACGACAGAGGGAGGGUGAACAUCAAGCAGGAACCAGAGGAGAAGCUGCCUCUUGGCUCCAUGGGACUCCAGGAGAUCACACUAGAUGAUGUGAAUGAGAUCAUCGAUAGAGACAUAUCUCAGCUCGGUGGUGGAGCAGCAGAGUCCAAUCAACCAGAACAGGAUACUUAUGGAUGGGAUACUGUGAUACUCCAGUGAUAAUGUUCUUCCAUUCUGUGGCCUUUAUUUGGUUUCUAUUAAUCAUCAUCAUUACUCAGGACAGGAGUUGAAUUGUGCUAUCUAUGCAUUUGUCGGUUCUAUUACUAACUGACCACAAUAUUGACGGCAAAACCCGUUGUGGUUUAACUGGUGCAAUUAACCCAGUUGCUGGUAAUACAUACACCUGUGGAGGUGGUUAGGCUGUAGAGAAUGUAACCACUGGGUACAGAUGUCAAUUCAACGUCUAUUCCACAUUGGUUCAAUGUAAUUCCAUUGAAAUGACGUGGAAACAACAUUGACUCAACCAGUGUGCCCGGUGGGUAUGCAUGUUUGCUUAUCUAACAGUUCAGGAUUUUCAAGUCAAACUAAAAUAUAUUUUAAGAUGGAAAUACUUCUCAUACCAAAGAUUUUUUAUUUGUUGCCCUUAAGGCACAGCUGAAAUAUGACAACUCAUUGUCUGUAAAUGCAUGAAAAUUACGUAUUUGGUGUUGAAAGAACAUUGAUGUCAAUGAAGAGGCUGAAAAAGGCCAAAUACCAAAUGGUGUGUUAAUUUAAUAUUUAUUGAUGAAAUACAUUCGAUUUAAAUUUAUUUUUGAUACUGUAGCUCUUGCAGUUGUAUGAUUCUUUAGAAUAAUGAUACAUUUUCAUAACCUUCUAAUGCCUGGUAUUUUAUGCCUAUUUUCUAUUUUAGUUUCCAAAGAAUGUACAGUAUAUUAUCAAGAUUUAUAUGAUACAUUGGCAGUGUGCUUAGGUGUGAAGUAGCUAUAUCAAAGUCAAAGUUAUAAUGAACAAAAAUAUAAACGCAACAUGCAACAAUUUAAUUGAUUUGACCGAGUUACAGUUCAUAUGAGGAUAUCAGUCAAUAGAAAUACAUUCAUUAGGCCCUAAUCUAUGGAUUUCACAUGACUGAGAAUAUAGAUAUGCAUCUGUUGGUCAUAGACACUUUAAAAAAAUGGGCCUCGGGAUGUGGUCCCAGUAUUUUGGUGCAUUCAAAUUGCCAUCGAUAAAAUACAAUUGUUUGUUGCCCGUAGCUUAUACCUGCCCAUACCAUAACCCCACCACCACCAUGGGGCACUUUGUUCAUAAUGUUGACUUCAGCAAACCGCUUGCCCGCAUGACUCCAUACACAUACGUGGUCUGCGGUUGUGAGGCCGGUUGGACAUACUGCCAAAUAGUCUAAAAGGACAUUGGUGGCUUAUAUUGGCAAAGGUGAGAUGUUCACUAACAGAAAUAGGAUUUUUGUGUAUGGAACAUUUCUGGGAUCUUUUAUUUCAACUCAUGAAACAUGGGGGACCAACACUUUACAUGUUGUGUUUAUAUUUUUGUUCAGUGCAUUUCAUCAGGUUUUUGUUCAAUUAAAAAAAAGCAAUUAAUAA